UCCAGUUCUGCUGUGGUACAGUGCGGUCGCAAGCUAAGCUCUCCGUAUCCAAGUUGUUUGUGUUUUACUGUGUCAUUAUGUAUUGCUCUCUCAAAUGGUGUUUCCUACUGAUCGGGUGUUUGCAUUGGGUGGCUCAAACACCCGAUGGACACGAGGAUCAUUUAUCGUGCGGCAGACGCAAAGUGAAAACAAACUACCUGAUUCACAAUGGCGCCAAUGCCAUUGCAGGUCACUGGCCGUGGCAUGCGGCUAUCUUCCAUCGUAAAGGCGAGCAGAAUGAAUACGCGUGCGGUGGCUCCAUUCUUGACAAUGCAACUAUUCUGACGGCAUCGCAUUGCGUGUCCACUCUAAGCGGCAAGAUCUCGGCAGCUCUCGUGACAGUACACGUGGGACAAAUCCACCUGAACGAGACCAGCGACUACAGCCAGACGUUCGAUGUGCGUGAGAUAAUAAUACAUCCUGGGUUCAGCAAAGCCAGUGUCAUCCACGACAUAGCUUUGAUCAAGCUCAGGACCAACAUCAGCAUGAACAGGUAUGUGCAGCCCGUCUGUCUGUGGACAAUGGACAGUGCGCUGGAGCUGAUCGUGGGCAGAAACGGAACAAUAGUUGGGUUUGGGCUGAGCGAACGGGAUGUCGUGUCGGAGCAGCUCAAGCAAGCCACGAUUGGAGUGGUGGAUCCUUACACGUGCAUUGCAAGUGAUCGGGCCGUGUACGGAACGCAUCUAACGUUGGACAUGUUCUGCGGCAAAGGACAGAACGGUGUGAGUGCGUGCAAUGGAGAUAGCGGCGGAGGCAUGUUCUUCGAGGUCAGCGGUCGGUGGUUCGUGCGCGGCUUGGUGUCGUUCACUCCAGCGCGGGGAAUCAGUGGACUGUGCGAUCCGCUCAAGUACACCGUCUACACCGACGUGGCCCAGUACGUGGAAUGGAUUAAGCAGUACGUCGAUCAGCGUGUGCUACCGGUUGAGAGUGAUGUGCUGGAAGUGGACUACGAAGAAAAGCUGCGGUUGUUCAACUUUGACACCUGUGGUAUGAAAUCUUCCAUUGUAGUUGAUGAUUGGUUUCUACCAUGGUUGGGAGAGGUGAAGGUGCCGAAUGAAGAUAGUCCGAGGUGUAUGGUUACACUGAUCAGCGAUUGGUACGCUGUCGGGCCGGCACAUUGCUUUGAUAUCGUUGGUGUUACACCUUAUAUUUCACUAGGCGGUGGCACCGGUAAUGAGACAGCAACAUGCUAUGAUGGUAAUAAGUCCACAAAGUGUGGAGUUUUUGAACAAAUCCGGAAAAUUCAGAGGGUUGUUGUACAUCCAAAGUUUGGAAAAAAUAAUUCUACAGACAAUAUCGCAUUGAUUGAGCUGCUGAGCCCAGCAGACACCAGCCAGCCGAACGUGCAGCCUAUCUGCAUGCCGGUAACGCCCGAGCUUAGAACGAAUGCGAAGACUAACCUAUACGUAGCAUCAAGCUAUUGGACCUCAAGAAUUGCAUUCAACCUUCCCGUUCGGCACAUGGAGUCGGAUGAAUGCACGAGACAGUACGCGGAAAAGCAGGUUGUGCUGAAUCUGGACCACAAGCGACUUUGCGCCGUAACAGACAUAGACGACAAAACAUUUUGCUCUUCUCCAGUAAGUGGUGCACCGCUCCAAGAAAUGAAGAUGUUCGGUGGUAAGGUGCAAUACUUUCUCCGAGGAUUUGAGCUGGCUGGGCUGGCCUGCCGUUCACCUACACCACCAAUUUACAACAAUAUCGAGGCAUAUGUCGACUGGAUCCUUUACAACAUGAGGUACAACGCGCUAGCAGAAGUGGAUGAUACAGAUACUGAGGUAACUCAGCAAACACUCGAGUCGGAGUGGAGCAAGUUACAGCAACAGCCAGGAAAUGAAAAAUUGCGUCUGUUCAAUAUGGAUCAAUGUGGCCUAAUCAGCUCCGAUAGCAAUAGCACGACCGAAGAUAUUUUCAUACCAUGGGUGGGAAAAUUUCUAACAGAAAAUCAUCGUAAAUAUGAGUUCACAACCAGCACAGUAGUGCUCAUCAGCGAGUGGUACGUCUUGGCGCCCAAAACCAGUGUACCGGACGGUGUAGAUUGGCGAUAUGUUACCCUGGGAAAUGGUUACAGAUACACCCAGAACUUGGAAAUCAAGAACAUAAUCUUCCCUCCGCCCGAUCAUCCCAGGCAGCUGUUUGCACUGAUAGAGCUGUUCGUUCCAGCAGAUCUGACGAAUCCUUACAUCAAGCCGAUCUGUUUGCCCUUCAUGGACGGGCUGCAUCGUAACAAACCCGCGGAGGUGAUUUUGUCGUACUCAAACUUCAUCAAUUCAUACAAAAUGAAAAAGCUGAAGAUGGCCGACUUCCAGAAAUGCCAGCAGAGACUUUUUCACUUAGGUCACCCUAUCACCUUGAACACGGAGGCAUCAUGUGCAGUCGAGGAUUUUGAAACAUUUCACCAAGAGUCACUGUUUUCCGCACUGGGCAGUCCCUAUCUGGUGAGGGUACCGUACGAAGACGGUCCGCGCUACUUUCUGUACGGCAUGCAUGUCGAUGCGUCAUCCAUUCUCUCACGCCUCCCGCACGGUCCGUACAUAUUUCACAAGAUUGAGCGGACAGAUCUUGCAUGGAUACUGGAGCACGUGCGAUAAAAAAAAGGCUCAACAAGCUUUAUUAACGAUGUAGAAAACACAACACACACACAUUCAAAAGGGUCUUCAACUUUUUGGUUUCGACUGGCGAUCAUGCUCUAAGAGACAUAAACAGAGACGGAGAGCAGGAGCGAUAGAAAGCGACGGGGCGAUGCGGAGUGAAAAUGGUGCACAUGUUUAUGGUUAUCAAUUUUUAAUAGAAAAUAUCGGCAAACAAAUCCUCCCGCCGGCCCCAUCAUGUUCUGCCUGCUUUUCUGUUUUUUAUAUUGUCCAUUGUUGCUAUCCAAUCUCAGCUCCGUUGGAUGCCGGCGGUGAACAUUUUUCACUCUGUUUGUUUUGUUUUGUGGAGUGUCUAAAUUUAUCAUCCCGAGCACCAGACCAAGCAGCAACAGCAGAAGCGAUUUGAACAGCUAGAACAGGAAAAUAGUAAAAAAAAAACAUCCAACCCAAACACUCACCCGGUCCUGAAGUACUUUUGAUUUUGUGUUGGUUUUAUUUUAUUUUCGCGUGGAGCUUCGGACUGAUGGCGAGAGUCGUUAUUAUAGUCGUUUGUCGUUUGCUGUUUACACUGUCUCGGUCGGUACUACACAGCUCUCCUCCCUGUUUUUUUGUGGUGUGUUGUCUGUAUGCGCUUGAGCCCAGCCAGCCAUUAGUGCGGAUGGAUGCAUUGUGCGAGCAGUGAAAAGUAUUAAGUGAUUCGAAGCAUGAACACACACUCACACGCACCCACAGGUAGUACCGUGGGGGAGAGGCCAGGGAGUUUUGGAUCUGAAAUUAAUUCUAAAAACAGAGUUGAAAGGAAUGGUAAAACAAACAAAAAAAGACUUUUGGCUUUAUGUGCGAAACAGUGAUUCUUUGUUGUUGUUCAAAAUCAAGCGUAUGAAUUUCACGUAAACAAGUUUUAUAUAUGUGUGUGUGUGUUUUUUUAUUUGACUUACCUUAAGCUGUGUGAUGUACCGAAAGGCGUUUUUUGCGCUGAAUUCAAUGCAACCUGUUCGCGCGUGAUUGCAUUGAUCGUAAACUGGUGGUUCGUAAAAUGGUAUCUGGAACUCCGCGUACCGUUGCGCUGUUUUCCGAAACAUCCAACCUUGUGCGCACGCUUGUAUGCAGGCAAUUAAAUCCAAUCCAAACGACGCACUCAGCGAAACAUAAGUUGAACAGGACACCAAUUUUUGAACAUUAUUUUAACAAGCGUUUGAAAAGCGCUCGUACCAAUAUAUGAAUGUAUUUUGAUAGACGUUGGUUUGCAAUGCCAAUAUAAACUGAUACCUGGGGCCGGCUUAUUGAGACUAUCAAUCGUAAAGGAGGCAAUGCCUCCGGCAGGCAAAAAGGGCGUUCCAGCGUCAAAAUUCAUCAAAAAGGGGCGAGCCAAGGGCUUCAAUCCUACCACGUAACAUUUUAAUGUUAUACAGGUCUAUAUACUGCACAAGUCAUGAUGGGAUUUGAUCGAUAAUGGAGAGCAGAAUCGUAAAAAAAAUGUCUCCAAGCUCUAAGCGUUCCAACCGAACGAAUGUUUCUGCGUCACUAUGCAUUAAAGGUUAUAAUUACCGUAUUUUAUUCCUUCUUGGUCGAAAAUAUUCUUGGUCGCAAAUAUCUUGGUCGCAAAAUUCUUGAUCGCAAAAUUCUUGGUCACUAAA